AUGGGAGAUGGGAGUUCCACUAGGUCCAACAGCUCAAACAGCAGUAGUGAGAAACCAGAGUGGCUGCAACAGUAUAGUCUCGUUGGUAAGAUUGGUGAAGGAACCUAUGGUCUUGUUUUCUUGGCUAGAACCAAGACUCCACCUAAAAGACCAAUUGCUAUCAAGAAGUUUAAGCAGUCAAAAGACGGAGAUGGAGUUUCCCCAACUGCUAUCCGCGAGGCGAGAUCAUACAUGACUCUGUAUCUUGCCUUUGAUUAUGCCGAGUACGAUCUCUACGAAAUCAUCAGGCACCACAGAGACAAAGUUAGUCCUCGAUCUUAUUCUGUGAAGUUUCUUGCUUCAAUAGGAGGUUCGGCGGCGCACACCGAUCUAGGGGCAAUCACACUUCUCAUCCCCAAUGAGGUUCCUGGACUUCAAGUCUUCAAAAACGAACAAUGGUUUGACGUUGAGUAUAUUAACUCCGCUAUGGUUGUUUUCAUCGGCGAUCAACUCAUGAGGAUGACCAACGGGAGGUUCAAGAACGUGCUUCACAGAGCGAAGUCGGAUAAGGAAAGAUUGAGGAUUUCGUGGCCUGUUUUUGUUUCGCCUAAGCAUGAUUUGUUGGUCGGACCUUUGCCGGAGCUUACCGGAGACGAGAGUCCUCCAAAAUUCGAGACUUUAGUUUAUCAAGACUAUUUGCACCAAACGAUGCAAAACUGGGCGCUCGACAAGUUAUACAAUAAAGAAUCCACUGAUCUUCUGAAAACCCAUUAA